UUUUCCCCUUUAAUUGUUCAGAUAGCAGUUAAAAGGCUAAAGGCGAUGAGUGCAAAAGCAGAAAUGGAGUUUGCAAUAGAAGUGGAAAUACUUGGAAGGGUGAGACAUAAGAAUUUAUUAGGUUUAAGAGGAUUUUAUGCAGGCGAGGAUGAAAGGCUUAUAGUUUAUGACUAUAUGCCUAAUCACAGCUUGAUCACCCAUUUGCAUGGCCAACUUGCUGCUGAUUGUCUUCUGGAUUGGCCUCGACGAAUGAGGGUUGCUAUUGGAUCUGCCGAGGGAUUAUGUUACUUGCACCAUGAAGCAAAUCCCCAUAUCAUACAUAGAGACAUAAAGGCAAGCAAUGUGCUCUUAGAUUCAAAUUUCCAAGCAAAAGUCGCAGAUUUUGGAUUUGCUAAGUUGAUACCUGAUGGUGUUACUCAUCUAACAACAAGAGUUAAAGGAACCCUAGGGUACUUAGCACCUGAAUAUGCCAUGUGGGGAAAAGUCUCUGAGAGUUGUGAUGUCUAUAGCUUUGGAAUAUUACUUGUUGAGAUAAUUAGUGGUCGAAAACCUUUAGAGAAACUUCCUAAUGGUGUUAAACGUGACAUUGUGCAAUGGGCACUUCCGUAUCUCCAAAAGGGUGACUUUAAUCACAUUGCUGACCCUAGGCUCAAAGGAAAGUUCAAUCGAGAACAAUUGAAAAAUACAAUCUUGAUUGCAAUGAAAUGCACUGAUGGAAAUCCUGAAAAUAGGCCAACCAUGUUAGAAGUUGUGGAUUGGCUCAAGGGUGGGGUGGAAAAGAGGAAGAAAGAGAUCAAAAUAGUGAAGAAUGAUGAUGAUGAAAACGAGAGCGAUGACGACUAUGUUGAUGAUAUUGAGACUGACUAUGAAGAUUAUGCUAAGAAAAAAAGCAAGCCAAGGCUACCCAUUUCGGAGUCGAAUAAGAGGAAAUAAAUCUCCAACAAUCUUGUAAUUGUUCCGAAUUAUUGAACUGUAUAUUUUAGUGUG